GCGGUUGCCCCUUCGAACAGGUACUUGCGAUGCGAGUAGUUGGUUUACCUGGUAACCAGACUAAUAAAAUUAAAACGUGUCCCAGUAGCAAUCUUGCAUUUUGUUGCAGAACAGAAGGGGUUAAGCAUCGCCUUUCUUUGUAAGUUCAGGGGCGGAGAUCGAACUCCAACUGCUUCGUGCUGUGCUAUCCCUACUGACGUCCUGCUACAGACAUGGUUUAACUAGUUCGUAGGUUGUCCGUUGUCCACACAAGUAAAACAAAAAAUAAUUUGCAGCACAUAUCCCGCUUCUGUUUAGCUUGAUAAUAGAAAAGGCACCGGUUAGGGAACACAUGUGGCGCUUCUUAAAGGAAAGCAGUGGGUUGCUUUUUGUAACUCUCCGGGCUACUUCUGCUUGGUGCAGUAAACUUGUUGAGGCUGUACUUUUGUGAUCCGUUUGCAGAUGUAAAAUGCAGUUUUUUGUCUGGCAGACCUGCUCCCAGGCGGCGGUAUGGCUCUGUUUAUAGAGUCGCAUUCCCAAGAUCGGAUCCCGCUCUAGCCGGGGGGCUUGUCAGUCCGCACCGAGCUAGUCUUGUUCUACAUUUUGGAUUAAGUUGCUACUUCUCCAAAGUUGUUUGGAUUCCAGAAAGUAAACUGCUGCCUGGAAGCUGAAUGAAUCAUGUUACACCGGGCACUUAUAAAUGAUGUUGUUGUGUUGGGCUGUCUGAUUUUCUAUGGAGUUAGCCGCUGUGUGAAAGGGUUCAAUAUUUGCAUAAGUGGGAGUGCCGUCUCUUGUGAAGAAUGCCUUCUAAUCCAUCCUGACUGCAGCUGGUGCUCUGAAGAGGAAUUUGGAAACCCAAGAGCCAUUGUUUCAAGAUGUGACUUUAAGGAUAAUUUAAUUAAAAAAGGCUGCAAUAAAGCAUUUAUUGAGAACCCAAGAAGCAAUGUAAGGACAGAGAAGAAUAUUCCGUUGAGUAGCAAGGGGUCAAGUACAGCUCUGUCUGACAUUAUUCAAAUAAAACCACAGAAGAUUUCACUCUCCCUGCGACCUGGUGAGAAGACCUCAUUUACAAUGCAGGUACGGCAGGUCGAGGAUUACCCUGUGGAUCUGUACUAUCUGAUGGACCUCUCCCUUUCCAUGAAAGAUGACUUGGAUAACAUCAGAAAUCUGGGAACUAAAUUAGCAGAAGAAAUGAAAAAGCUUACUAGCAACUUCCGUCUAGGAUUUGGUUCAUUUGUUGACAAGAACGUUUCUCCAUUUUCUUACACUUCUCCAAAAUAUCAAAACAAUCCAUGCCAGGGUUACAAGCUGUUUCCAAACUGUGACCCUUCUUUUGGGUUUCGGCAUCUUCUGCCAUUGACUGAUAAAGUUGACAGAUUCAAUGAUGAGGUACAAAAGCAAAAAGUGUCUCGAAACAGAGAUGCCCCAGAGGGGGGUUUUGAUGCAAUUCUUCAGGCAGCCGUUUGCAAGGAGAAGAUUGGUUGGAGGAAGGAGGCUUCUCACUUGUUGGUGUUCACUACAGAUGAUGUCCCACACCUUGCCCUAGAUGGCCGGCUGGGAGGACUGGUACAACCUCAUGAUGGAAACUGCUACUUGAAUGAAAAGAAUGAAUACAGUGCUUCCACAACAAUGGAUUAUCCAUCUCUUGCACAACUUGGGGAGAAACUUGAUGAGAACAACAUCCAUUUGAUAUUUGCAGUUACGAAAAACCAUUAUAUGCUUUACAAGAACUUCACCACACUGAUACCUGGAACAACAGUGGAAAUUUUAGAUAAGGAUUCCAAAAAUAUCAUACAGCUCAUUGUCAAUGCAUACAGUAAUAUAAGGUCCCAGGUGGAGUUAACCAUGUCAGAUCAUCCAGAGGAAAUCAACUUAGCCUUCACUGCAACAUGUCAAGAUGGACUGGCACGCCCUGGGCUAAGGAAGUGCAAGGACCUUAAAAUAGGUGACACUGUCUCUUUUGAUUUGUCUGUGGAAGCAAGCAGCUGCCCAGUUCAAGACACCAGGCACAGUUUUGUCAUAAAACCUGUUGGAUUCCGGGACUCAUUGGAAGUAUCAGUGACAUAUGAUUGCACCUGCAGAUGUUCAAGGAAUAUUGAGACUGUCAGUAGGAAGUGCAAUGAUUUGGGGAAUUACUCAUGUGGAAUAUGUGAUUGCAUCCCUGGGUUUCUGGGAACAAAAUGUGAAUGCCAGGUGGGGGAAGAAGGUAACACAUACCAAAACAUGUGCCGUGAAACAGAAGGCAAAUCGAUUUGCAGUGGAAGAGGAGAGUGCAGCUGUAAUCAGUGUAUUUGUUACGAAAGUGAGUUUGGAAAAAUAUAUGGGCCAUUUUGUGAGUGUGACGACUUCUCAUGUGCUCGACACAAGGGCAUCCUUUGCUCAGGUCAUGGUGACUGUCACUGUGGAGAAUGCAAGUGCCAUGCUAGUUACAUUGGAGACAAUUGUAAUUGCACAACUGAAACAGAUUCCUGCCUUGCAGAUGAUGGCCAAAUGUGUAGUGGCAGAGGCAACUGUGUCUGUGGGAAAUGUCAGUGCAACGAUCCUGGGGCCUUUGGGGACACCUGUGAGAAGUGUCCAACAUGCCCAGAUGCUUGUGGGAUGAAACGGGAGUGCAUUGAGUGCAGACUGUUUCACUCUGGAAGAUAUGACAAUCAGACCUGUCAAAGGCUCUGCAAGGAUGACAUCAUCACAGUGGAUAAGCUGAAAACAGAUGAUCAAGACGCUGUGUUGUGCCUCUACAAAACUGAAAAUGAUUGUGUGAUGAGGUUUACAUAUUCGGAGCAUUCCAGUGGAAAAUCCAUCCUCGCUGCACUGAAGGAGCCAGAUUGUGGAAAACCUCCAGAUGCACUAACGGUCCUUCUGGCAGUAGUUGGCAGUAUUUUACUUGUUGGCAUUGUUCUUCUGGCUGCUUGGAAGCUUAUAGUCACCAUCCAUGACAGACGAGAGUUUGCCAGGUUUCAAAGUGAUCGCUGCAGAGCCAGAUAUGAAAUGGCUUCCAACCCACUUUACAGACAGCCAGUCUCAACUCACAAUGUGGAGGCAAUGCUCAACAUGCUAAACAAGACGUACAAUGGCUCCAUUAACUGAUUUCUAUUUAUUUAUUGUUUUUAUUCUGAUUUGCACCAAACCCACUGAUUGGAAUGCUAAAAACAGUGGGAAAGACUCUAUAUCCUGGGUAAUGUAUCCUUGUGAGGGUGAGAGGACAGAACAAGAGGGGUGAAGAUAAUGAAAGUGAUGAAGAAGGAUGUCUUUUAUUUGCACAGAGAUGAAAAUGUUCAGCAGUGCAUGAUGCCACAGCUCCUGAAUAUAAAGCCAUGCUGAUGACUGAAAUAUUUUCUGUUGUUACUGGAUAAAGAGUAGACUUAACCUAUUAUCUGCUGGAACAUUCUGAAUGUAAUCUGAGUGGCAUGCCAUGCUACGGUUUUUGAUAGACUGCAGUAGAAAGGAAGUUUGAAUCAUUACAGUAGUCUUCACAGAUCUGCACAUGUUUUUUCAUUUUUUUGUGUGAAGGUUUAAAAAACUCUGAAAAAAGACAAAUUGAAACUUGAUGCCAAGGCCAAUUGUAAUGCUUACAGUACAGUUUUAUACAUAAAUAUAUAUAAAUAUCUCUAUACAGUUUUACAGUAAGAACUUCAUGUUUACUUUCCCAGAGUUGUUCCUUGCUACACAAUGGCUAUCAAAUCAGUACUGUACAUAGUAUUCAUUUGUAUUCACCCCAUAAAUCUAGCCUAUUUUUAUUAAUGCUUGAUUGCAGUUUAUUUCACAACUGUAAUGAUUUGGUUACACACCCAUAAAUGAUUCUGAUAAGUGUGUGAUACCUCUAAUUGUUUUUUAUAGAAUGAUGUAUAAAUUUCUGAUGUUAUUAAAAUAGGUACUAAUACUGUAUAUAUAAUGAAAUGUGUUUUCUUGAUUUGCACAGGAGACAAAAUACAAUGGUAAAAAAAAUCAGCUUUAUCCAUUAUUUCUUCUACCUAGUCUAAAUGAAUUGCAUGCAUUGCAUUUUCCACGCUUAUUCAGUCAAACUAGGUCAGUCAAAAGGCAAAUAAAGAUGGAUUUCUGAUACA